AUGUCAGUUUGUAGUGCACCACAGUGUGGUAAAAUUACCGAAUCGGCUCUUAAGUGCCCUGUGUGUUUGAAGUCAGGCACCCCAGCUGUUUUUUGUGACCAGUCGUGUUUUAGAAAAGGCUGGACAGUCCAUAAAUCCAUCCACCCUGCAGAAGAUGGCAAGCCUUUUGACCCAUUUCCAAACUUCGAUUACUCGGGAGACUUGAGACCCGCAUACCCAUUGAGUCCUCGCCGAACUGUGGGCCAGCAAAUCAGGAAGCCAGAUUAUGCUCAGGAUGGACGUCCGGUGAGUGAAUUGAAGAAUGAUCGUACAGGUAAGAUCACCAUCUUGACUGAGGCAGAGAUCAAGAAGAUCAGGAAGGUGGGACUUACAUCCAGAAAAAUCUUGGAUAAGGUUGCUGCACAUGUCAAACCAGGUAUCACCACCGACGAACUCGAUGCCAUCUUGCACAAGGAAUGUAUUGCCUACAAUGCAUACCCCUCUCCACUCAAUUACUAUAACUUCCCCAAGUCGUUGUGUACUUCUGUGAAUGAGGUGAUCUGUCACGGAAUUCCAGACCAAACCGUUUUGAAGGAUGGUGACAUCAUCAACUUGGAUGUGACCAUUUACUUGAAUGGAUUCCACUCGGAUCUUAACGAAACCUACUAUGUUGGAGACAAGUCUAAAUGUGACCCAGAUACUGUUCGUUUAGUGGAAACCACACGUGAGUGCUUAGACUUAGCAAUCCAGCAAGUAAAGCCUGGUUUGAUUUUCCGUAACCUUGGAAAUGUCAUCGAAGAGCAUGCUACGAAAAACGGCUGCUCAGUUGUGCGUACUUAUUGUGGACACGGAACCAACUCGUUGUUCCAUUGCCAGCCCAACAUUCCUCACUAUGCCAAGAACAAGGCUAUUGGUGUUGCCAAGCCAGGUAUGGUGUUCACAAUUGAGCCUAUGCUCUGUUUGGGAACUUAUAAGGACUUGACAUGGCCCGAUAACUGGACUGCUGCCACCAGGGACGGUAAGUACUCCGCACAGUUCGAGCACAUGAUGUUGGUUACUGAAGAUGGUGUGGAGGUGUUGACAGCUAGACUUCCAGACUCUCCAGGAGGGCCUGUGAAGAGAAUUUAA